AGUCCAUCAGGCCUGCCUGGCUCCGCCCCUCCCAGAGUUUAUAACGGGGAUUCUCAUGGCCCAGGGAUAAGGCUUUUAACCUGCUACCUCUGUGGGACAGGCAAAGCCCAGUCGAGCCGUCUCAGAAGAGCACGCGCUCGCGGUCCGCUGCACCCCAGGCUCUCCGCCUGCCUCCCUCGCAUCCCACCCCCGCUCCCUGUUUCAUGACCUUGAUUUUUAAAAGCAGCCUCCAGGAGCACCCGCAGAGGGACCUCUCCUCUCUUCUCCCACGAACCGCGAGUCUCCUCCAGGGGCGAAGCAGGGGGUGGGGAGGCGGUGUGUGCCGAGCCUGCUACCCACCCCACGACUGUCGCUGUCAAAAUGCUUCCCGGGCGCUGGGGGCGGCUGGUGACUUCCCAGCUGCUCCUGGUGCUAGUGCAUCUCCCGCAGACUCCCAGCCACAGAGCUACUGGACCCCGGUUUCUGAUAAGUGAUCGUGACCCUCAGUGCAACCUUCACUGUUCCCGGUCUCAGCCCAAGCCACUCUGUGCUUCAGAUGGCAGGACUUAUGAGUCAAUGUGUGACUACCAGAGAGCCAAGUGUAGAGAUGCAGCCUUGGGAGUGGUACAUCGAGGCAGGUGUAAAGAUGCUGGCCAAAGUAAGUGUCGCCAAGAAAGGGCUCAAGCACUGGAGCAAGCCAAGAAACCCCAGGAGGCGGUGUUUGUACCUGAGUGCAAUGAGGAUGGCUCUUUCACACAGGUGCAGUGUCAUACAUAUACUGGAUACUGCUGGUGUGUCACCACUGAUGGAAAGCCCAUCAGUGGCUCUUCUGUGCAGAACAAAACUCCUGUAUGUUCAGGUUCAGUCACAGAUAAGCCCUCAGGCCACGGUAACUCAGGAAGGAAAGAUGAUGGAUCUAAGCCGACACCCACAAUGGAAACACAGCUGGUGUUUGAUGGAGAUGAAAUCACAGCCCCCACUCUAUGGAUUAAGCACUUGGUAAUCAAAGAUUCCAAACUAAACAACACUAAUGUAAGAAAUUCAGAGAAAGUCCAUUCAUGUGACCAAGAAAGACAGAGUGCCCUAGAAGAAGCUCGUCAGAACCCCCGGGAGGGCAUCGUUAUCCCGGAAUGUGCCCCUGGAGGUCUCUACAAGCCAGUACAGUGCCACCAGUCCACUGGCUAUUGUUGGUGUGUCCUCGUUGACACGGGACGCCCACUUCCUGGGACUUCCACUAGGUAUGAGACACCUAUAUGUGAGAGUGAUGCCAGGUCAAAGAGUUCAGAGGUAGAUGAUCCGUUUAAGGAGCGAGAACUACCAGGCUGUCCAGAAGGAAAGAAAAUGGAAUUUAUUACCAGUUUGCUAGACGCCCUCACCACAGACAUGGUUCAGGCCAUUAAUUCUGCAGCACCCACUGGAGGUGGAAGGUUCUCUGAGCCAGAUCCAAGUCACACUCUGGAGGAGCGUGUGGUACACUGGUACUUUAGCCAACUGGAUAAUAAUGGCAGCAAUGACAUCAGCAAGAGGGAGAUGAAGCCCUUCAAAAGAUAUGUGAAGAAGAAGGCCAAACCCAAGAAAUGUGCCCGGCGUUUUACAGACUACUGUGACCUGAACAAGGACAAAUCUAUCUCACUACAAGAGCUAAAAGGCUGCCUGGGAGUGAGAAAGGAAGGAGGUAGCAGCAUGGGUACCUUUCCUCAUGGAAAAAGACAAGGCAUUAACCCAUUCAUAGGACGACUGGUAUAAGAGAAGGGCAGAUGGGGAGUUCAUGAAGAGAGAAUGGAUCAUCAGAGACCUUUGACCCUGACCAGUCACAUCCUGCCUAACAGGAGAGGUGCCCAAAAUGUUUGCACUUUUAAAUCAUUCUCUCAUUUGUGUGUGUGUGUGUUGUUUUGUUUUGUCUUUAAAAAAAAACACUGUUAUUGAAUACCACAGUGGGAGAAGAGAAGAGGGGAAAAAAGCAAAACUUUUCUCUUUUGAAUCAGCUACUGACAACUUUUAGGGUUUGUUUUGUUUUGUUGGAGUUUGUUCAGCCUUGAGAAGAAAGAGAUUUAUAUACUGUAUAUAAAUAUAUAUGUGAAUUGUACAGUU